UUGGUGUGAAGGGUUAUUCCGCGAGAGAGCCAGGCGGGCGUGCUAGCCAAUCAGCGGCCGCGUCUAGUAGCGUCAGGGCGGGGACACUUGUGAUUGACUCAGACUCUUGAUAAGAGGCGGUCGCUAGGCGACACCGCGCGUGAUUAAUGGCGAGGGGGUGGGCGUCUCAGCCAAUCACCUUUCGCCACAGAUUCAGGGUGUGUGUCAAAUGGUCCUGGACCAAUCCGUGGCUGAGGCAGAAACAACAGGGCGGGGCCGUCCUCUUGCCAAUCGGAAGUGCUAGGAGGUGGGCCUGCCAGUCCGUGGACAGAUACGGCGCCAUGAAUAUCUUACCCAAGAAGAGCUGGCACGUCCGGAACAAGGACAAUGUCGCCCGCGUGCGGCGUGACGAGGCCCAAGCUCGGGAGGAGGAGAAAGAGCGUGAGCGGAGGGCGCUACUCGCUCAGCAAGAGGCCCGCACAGAAUUCUUAAGGAAGAAAGCGAGGCAGCAGAGCUCACUACCUGAGCUCGAAGCAGCAGAAGCCGGAGUCCCAGCCUCUGGCCCUGUGGAUCUGUUUCGGGAGCUGCUGGAGGAAGGGAAAGGGGUGACCAGAGGCAACAAAGAGUAUGAGGAAGAAAAGCGACGAGAGAAGGAGAGGCAGGAGAAAGCCUUGGGCAUCCUGACGUACCUGGGCCAGAGUGCAGCAGAAGCCCAGACUCAGCCCCCUUGGUACCAGCUCCCCCCAGGGCGAGGGGGCCCUCCCCCUGGUCCAGGACCAGAUGAGAAGGUCAAGAACCGCCUGGACCCUCUGCAGGAGAUGCAGAAGCAUUUGGGGAAGAAGAGGAAGCGCAGUGGUGAUGAUGGCAGUGACGGCAGAAAGGAAAAGAAGGAAGAGCCUGAGAAACGACGACCCAAGGAACCCCCGUCCCUGGACCAGCUUCGAGCUGAACGUCUCCGGCGGGAAGCAGCCGAGAGGGCUCGGGCAGAGGCCCUGCUGGCCCAGGUCAGAGGCACGGUGGCCCCGGAGCACCAGGCGGAAGAAGAGGUGGAUGACCGGCGGAGGCGGUACAACUCUCAGUUCAACCCCCAGCUGGCCCGGCGCCCCCGCCGGCAGGAACCCCACCUCGCUCACUGACUCUGAGGGGGUACAGGAGAGGCUGCUGCUGCCAGCCGUCAUAUAAAACUAUUUAUUCAUAAAUAUUUUCCAAAAUGAAAA